AUGAAUUCUUCGUUUGCGUGCGUGUACUGUUUCAGCGAGCAGCGCUACCGUUCUCUUGCUGAGCUUGGUAAAACCGUGCUGAAUGGCAUUGAGUUUGGGCAAACUUUACAAGAUCGAGUGAAUGAGUUUCGUGGGCGCACAACUGAGCACCCCCAAUUUAAGAAAUUCAUCGGGCGGCGCGGGAAGCCCUUCAGUGGGGAAGAUGCAUGUUUGGACUUUCUGAAUAGACAUUUGACGUUAUUUUCUUCGGUUGAGCAAUUGGAAUUUGUUUUGCCACUUGAAUUUGCUGGAGCUUUGCAUGAGGAAACUAAGCUGGCCACUCAGACACUGCGUGUGGCGCGUGCUUUGGUAAAACAAAGCCUGGAGAGGCAUGUGAAAAGACGGCGGGUCGAAGAUUUUGUAAAUGGGACAAGUUGGCGGCGCCCUCUGCGCUUGCAUGUUCUGUCGCGUGCUUUUCAAUCCCUUUGGGGCAAAGAACCCCAAGCUGCUAUUCCACUACUGUCCUCUGGUUACUUGAAGCUACGCGUAGCCCUUCGUUUGUUCCAGCACAAUGGAGAGGUGGAUCCACGCAAGUUUUGCUUGAAUGAGGUAGAGGUCGACGGGGAUGCUGGGCAUUGGGCGCUUCAGAGAAAGUUGCUUUCCACGGAAAACACACGCAAACAGUACUUCGUCAAUGGUGCCAUUUUGCCCCUACGUGUUUCGGCCGUAUCAACGUGCCUCCUGCUGAACCUUCAUGAUCUCUCCCCUUUGUUCGACCCCGUGCAACUGGAAGUAGCCAAAAAUUUGACAAGCGUUGACGCCACAGGUGCCUUUGAGGAUUACAUUCGAAGCGCCCUGCGCGCAGUUAUGUUCAUUCACACAACGCGCAGGUAUGAAUAUUCUUCGUGUCUAAUUGGGUGCAAGCUCUUGGAAGAGGCAGACUUGGUGGCAAUUUUGGGCAGGCAGCAUCUCUGCUCUGAGUCGUUGCGUCGUCGCUUGACAAGCGAAGGCCGGAUUCCGCUUGGGCAAUCGUCGGUUGUUGCGGUAAUGUUAGGCCGUUCGAACAUUUUGGGAACCCUUCCCGGGAGGGAGUAUCAUGAUGUUUUUGAGCAGUGCGUUGGCUUUGUGAUUGAUGCUUUCGAUGAACAUCGCCAACCCCGACCAGAAAUUACUGACAACAUAGUCCUGGACAAAGUUUGGGCGUCCAUGAGGUGCAUCGCUGGGUUCGGCGCCGCUGGGAACGUUGCGGAGGAUGAUGGAGCUUCAAGGUGCAAAGAGAAGCUUGGGAUUUUGCGAGAGCAUGCUGCGCAGCUGUGGGAGGCAGUGCUUCAAGACUGUUCAGGGUGCACCGUUUCAUACUGUGGCAGGUCCGCACCUGUUGACGGUCUGGAUUUUCCAGCUGUUCAGGACAACUUGUGCAAGGUUACAGAAAUGUUACAAAGCACAACAACUGGAAGAUUGUUUGGAAAAGGACGGCAAAAGGCUUUGCGGGCAUUGGAUGUGGAGAUGGGACAUUCAGGCAGCGAAGAGGAGUCUGAGGACGCAUCGGGAACAGCUGUCACCGUCAGCAACGUUGAGGACUUGCGUUCUCGGGUUUUCAUUGCCAAAGUGCUGGUGCAUCUCAGAGACUGGGAGAUACUUAGUUUGGAAUUCUCAACAGGUUGGAAGACCAUGGCUGACUUCGGCAUGACGGACUGUCGCAACCAAGCGCGUUGCUUGACACCUGACGACCUGGAAAUCGUGGACACAAGCAGCAUCAGUGGCAAUGUGUGCAGAGAUGUGUGCCCUGCCUUCCAGAAUAUUCCAGAAUACUCUUUGUUGACAGAGCGCGUGCAUGUGCAGUUAGCAUCCUGUAGAUUUGUGUUGAAGCUUAGGCCAUGGGAUCAUGCCUGUUCACCGGAGCGAAGUUAA